UUUUAUAAACUUCCAAGCCUUCUCAGAAGUGGUGGGAGACAAAAAAAAAAAAACUUCCUCUGUAGACAGUCAAGAUGGUAAGAACCACGCCACACUUCUCUUUGGGGAAACGAUCAGGAGUUUAAAGGUUUGCUGUGGGGCGUGUCCGAAACAUUCCCAGCUCUUCACUUCCACCUCUACCCACGGGAGACCACUUUGGCCACCUAAGGAGAGAGGCGGCGGCAGUUGAAGCCAGGAGACCAUGCAGAAUGUCAGCAGGAGCCCACUGCAAACUUUAAACUCUGUCCAACAUGUGGAUGCGGCGGAGAAAUGACCUGUCCAGACAAGCCAGGGCAGCUCAUAAACUGGUUCAUCUGCUCCCUGUGUGUCCCGCGGGUGUGUAAACUCUGGAGCAGCCGGCGCCCCCGGACCCGGAGGAACCUCCUGCUGGGCACUGCCUGUGCCAUCUACCUGGGCUUCCUGGUGAGCCAGGUGGGGCGCCCCUCUCUCCAGAAAGGACGCGCAGGGGCGAAGGGGAAGCACCUGAGAGACAGUGCUGAAGUGUCCUUUCCUGAGAUACCCUUGGAUGGUACCCUGGCCCCUCCUGAGUCCCAGGGCAAUGGGACCACGCUGCAACCCAAUGUGGUGUACAUUACCCUCCGUUCCAAGCGCAGCAAGCCCGCCAACAUCCGGGGCACAGUGAAGCCGAAGCGCAGGAAGAAAUAUGCGCUGCUAUCUCUGGCCCCGGGCCAGGGGGCUUUGGUGGGACCAUCCCUCCAGCUGCAGGCAGCUGCAAGGGCAGUGGAGACUGAGAUACAUGGUAAUAUCUUGGAAGGGAAGCUGGCCAAGGUUGGGGACCGGCCCUGGAAAUUGAUACCAGGUCUCGGAGUGCGAAGUCGGGAGUCAGAUCUCCAGCAGCCUAGGGUUCAGGAAAGCAACAUCAGGAUCUACAGCGAGAGCGCCCCCUCGUGGCUGAGCAAAGAAGACAUCCGCAGAAUGCGCCUGUUAGCAGAUGGGGCCAUAACCGGCCUCCAGCCAGUGUCCCAGAAGAGUCAAAGCUACUUAUUGGUGCUGGAGGGGAGCACCACUGGCUCUGUGCCUGGGUGUGGCUCUGGUCCCUGCGGGCUGCUCAAGCCGCCUUUGGAUCUGAGCGAGGUGUUUGCCUUCCACCUGGAUAGGAUCCUGGGACUCAACAGGACCCUGCCUUCUGUGAGCAGGAAAUCAGAGUUCAUCCAAGAUGGCCGCCCAUGUGCUGUUAUUCUGUGGGACUCAUCUUUGUUACCAGCAAGUAAUGAGACCCAUUCUUCUGUUCAGCUCACCUGGGGAGCUUAUCAACAGUUGCUGAAACAGAAGUGCUGGCAGAAUGGCCGAGUACCCAAACCUGAAUGGGGUUGUACUGAAAUAUAUCACCAUGAGUGGUCCAAGAUGGCACUCUUUGAUUUUUUGUUACAGACCCUGGCAAUCAUUAUUCUACAUCAGAAGAUUUACAAUCGCUUAGAUACGAAUUGCUGUGGAUUCAGACCUCGAAAGGAAGAUGCCUGUGUACAGAAUGGACUGAGGCCAAAGUGUGACAGACAAGAUUAUGUGCCUCUCACACACAUUAUGCAGCGAAAGCAUGACCCAAGACAUCUGGUUUUUAUAGACAACAAGGCUUUUUUUGACCGAAGUGAAGAUAACUUAAACUUCAAGUUGUUAGAAGGCAUCAAAGAGUUUCCUGAAUCUGCAAUUUCUGUUUUGAAGAGCCAGCACUUGCGGCAGAAACUUCUUCAGUCUCUGUUUCUUGAUAAAGUUUAUUGGGAAAGUCAAGGAGGUAGACAAGGGAUUGAGAAACUUAUAGAUGUGGUGGAACAGAGAGCCAAAAUUCUUCUCACCUAUAUCAAUGCACAUGGCGCCAGAGUAUUACCUAUGAAUGAGUAACAAAAUGACCAUUUGGCAAGAGUACUAGACAUAUACUGUAUAUGCUUUUCUCUUUUCAAAUCAGGUACACAGACCUCAAGUAGAUGAAUGAAACAGUGUAAAUGAAUACUUAAAAUAUAUAAAUGUGGCCAAGUAUAUGUGAUCAGCUUGAGUACUGUAAGCAGACUUAAAGCUUUUAAAUAAUGUAUUGCUCAAAAACACCUUUUAAUAUUAUUCUGUAAUGUCAAGUCAUGUGGGUCUUAACAUCUAGUUACAGAAUGGAUCCAAUCAUUAUUCUAGCAAGCUUCGUUGAAGCAUUUGCCAUGCCACUUAAUAGAACAGUGUAAUCCAGAGCUACUGACUCCUUUAAUAAUAACACUUCAUAUGCCACUUGGAUCCAUCUGACCUAAUACUAAUGGGAAUGGCUCUUGAUACUCUUUUUUCACUGACUUAAAACAGAGUUAUCCAGGGACAGCCCCACUUUGAUCUGUGAUCUGUGAAAACAGUGAUGCUCAGUAAAAAUGGUGGAUUAUUGACAAAACCAGUAUACAUUCUUUUUCUAGUUAAAGGAUCAGACACUCUGAUUUUGAACAAGAAUCAUGUUUUUCAUUCCUUUUUUUGACAUUUAUCUUCUUGUCAAAUUUGAAACUAAAUUUGGCAACUUGAAUGCUAGACAGUUUUGCUUUAUCAAAUUUAGUGCAGGCUUUAUUUGAUAGCGUAGAAGUUAAACGGUUAUAAAAUAGGUUUCUAUUUAAUAUCAUAUCUAUGGGAUAUCUUCUAAUGUCAUUUUUUUACAAAGAAUAUAUUAUAAUUUCUAUGUGUAUUAUUAACAGUAGUGGAGUUCUUACAAUCUGUUGUUAACGUUUAUAUUUAAUCUGAUUUGAUUGGUAUUGCCAAGAUAUUGACAAUAGGACUAGAUAUUAAUAUUUGAUAAAUAUAUUGGCUUGUUUUUUCUAAUAUAGGAAACAUGAACAACAUAGAAUAAAAUGUAAUUUUGAUUAAAUUCUCUCCAGUGGUAAUGAUGCAAAGUUAAAUGGAAAAUUGGACAAAAAUAACUCUAAAUAGUUCCCUCAAACUCCUUCUUCCUAUUUUUCUUUCUUUUCUUUUUAAAAUUUACCUUUUAUUGAUUUAAUUAUGGUCAACAAGAUAACCUAUUGGAUAACCUUUUUUUUUUCAACUAAGUGUAGGUACGUGGCAACAUAGUGCUUGUGUUGAAUCUGUGUCUUUUGAAGAUCCUUAUGACUCCAUACAUGACAGGUAUCACGUGUGGAGCAAAUCAUCAUUACCUUCCCACCUCUACAUACUUCACUCCUUGCCUAAAGAUUGGUUUAUUGACUUCUCUUCCUCAAAAUUUGAAAAUAUAAUUUAAUAUAUAGUAUGUAUUAUAGUUCCAUUUUCUCAUUUUAAUAGAUUGUUGGUUAAAUGUGCCCCAUUUUCUGAAUUCUGAUCAAUGGUAACACAAUAUCAUGAAAAAUCUAUUUUAAAAUAUUGUAAUGAAUACAAACAUUUUUAAAAGAAUCUCUUGAGAGAUUCGGAUUUAUACAGGAACAAUAUGCCAGAAUAGUGUGUGUAUGGGAGAAGAGGGACCAGUGAGAGAAAGGAGUGUUUUGUCUAUCUAAUUAUCACUUCUCUCGACUUACAUUCAAGCACAACUUUUUAACACUCAAAUUUGAGGAACUGACUGACUGACCCUUGGAUAAACUGGGCUUUGGAACAUUUUCUUUCUUUUUUUUCCUCUAAGGUCCAAAGUAACUACCCCUUUCAAAGUACAAUGUGUUCAUACUAUUUCUGCCCUCUUGAGUCUCUACUUCUGUUUGCCAUGUCUGGACUUUUCCAGGUUUUUUUAAAACUUUUUUUUUGUGCAAAUCAGCAUAUUGAUGAAAAUAUUUGCAAACUGGAGUUUGGAGACUCAAACUUUUCAUUGAUUAAACCUUUGAUAAAUUUCCUCACAUCAUGCUAAAGCAAGGUGAAAUAUUUAUAUGCUUUUUUGGGGUGAUAUGUCAUCUUUAUACAAAUCUGUGUUUGAAUUCCAGCUUCUUUCUUAAAAAAAUUUUUUUUUGAAACCAAAGCACAGUUCAGCUCUAGCGUAUGGUGGUUCAGGGGAUUGAACCUGGGACUUUGGAGCCCCAGCAUGAGAGACUGUUUGCAUAACCAUUAUGCUAUCUACCCUCCACUGAAUUCCAGUUACUUUAGAUAUAAGCUUCAAUUUUACUUCAAUUUACUUCAAUAUUGUAAUGAAUACAAACAUUUUUAAAAGAAUCUCUUGGGAGAUUCUGAUUUAUAUAGAUCUAUAGGAACAAUAUGCCGGAAUAGUGUGUGUAUGUGAGAAGAGAGACCAGUGAGAGAAAGGAGUGUUUUGUCUGUCUAUUACUUCUCUCGACUCACAUUCAAGCACAGCUUUUUAACACUCAGAUUUGAUGAACUGAGUGACCAGUUUCAGUUUGGGACAGUUUCAAUUUGGGUAAUUUGUGGGUCAAAAUGUAUUGCCUCUGGUUAUUCCAAGAUGAUUAAUAUUUAGUGAAAAUUUCCAGAGUACAUAUUUAACUUUAACCACUUUGGAUUUUUUUUUUUUUUAUAAUGCAUUCUGUUUUGUAAUCAGUUUUGUAAUCAGUGAAUAAUACACUAUGUAUUUUUUUUUGAAUAGUGGAUAGUUGCAGGACAGGUGUUUAAUUCUAAUAAGUCUUUUCUUUUUUCCUGUUGAGGAAAUGAGAAUACUCUGUGCAUUUCAAAUGGACUCAGGUCUACGGCCAUACCACCCUGAACACGCCCGAUCUCGUCAAAUGCACUCAGAUUAUGCUGUAUUUUGGUUCACACAAACAUAUUGUAUGGUUUAUUUAUAACUCAAUCAAUUUAAAAUAAAACACUUUACAUUGGCAGACAUAUAAAAGCUUAUCUCAGUGGGAUUUAUCCCCAUCUAGCUGAUGGUAUGAAAAUAAAUAUCUUAAAAAUAUGUAAUAAAAUAUUGAAAAUUAAA